AUGUGUGAAACAAUGGCAGAAUUCGAUAUACCUCAUAAGAUUAUAAGACUAACAAGAGUUUGUGUAAAAGGUUCCAGUCGGAUGUAUUCAGGAAGGUUGUCAGGGACUCCAAACUCGAACAGAGCUCUUCCAGGCGAAUGGUUCGCAACUAAUACUUAUGCAGAUAAUAUUGAAGUGGUGGAAACUAACUUAUUAAAUCGCAAAGAAACGUUUGUUAAAUUGGAGCACAAGGCAACUAAAAUGGGUCUAAAGAUCAACGAAGGCAAGACUAGAUACAUGCAUAUCUCUAGGAGACGCAGAGGGAGAGUUGGACAAAGUGUGAAGCAGUUCAAACAAAGACGAGAACUAAUACGAAGGCGUAUAUCUCUUAGAUCCAGGUCAAACCCAUUUGAUUUUCCUGACCAAAGAUUUAGAGAACUUUUUCGUCUGGACAAGAGAUUGGUGCGAAAUUUAAUGGAAGAGUUAAGGCCAUUGUUAGAAGACCGUAAGAGCAUGAAAGGUGUUGAUUUUGAGUCAAAAAUAUUUUGUGCUCUAAGGUACUAUGCAGUAGGCUCUUACCAGAGAUGCGUUGGUUGGCCUCAAGGAAAGUAACCAGCAUCUCCCAAAGCCGGUCCCAGACACUACGUGUAUUCGGCGAAUAUUCGUUAUUCGCCUUCUCUUGCUUCGUG